AUGCCCUCGGCUACCACCGUUCGCGUCCUGUUGACCCAGUCGGACGAAGAUUCGCUGGGCACAGGUUGUUUAGGUUCUACAAUUAUUGAAUACUCAUGGCUGUUGUCGGGUUGGCCCUCCACUGGUCGAUCCGCUUGGCUUCGACUUACGAUCGAUGGUUCACGGCGGCAAUCUGCGAAGGGUUACGGCUUCGUCGCAGCUUCUCUGGUCAGAGCCCUUUGGUAG